UAAAGAUGAAAUAAGAAGUAGCACGAGACGGUGAAAGAAGGAGCGAGAGCAAAAAGGACAAAGUGCAGGGGAGUAUCGUUGAAUGGUUGAAACGACCGGGCUCGAUCUAGUGAGAAUCGUAUGUCGGAUCGAUGGUGAUGAACGGACUACAGUGGCACACACGAUGACGACGCCGAGUUAGUUACCAUCGUCGUUUUUUCUCUCCGCUCCUUGUCCUCCACCCGUGCUAGGCAGCGCAGAAAUCGAAAAGAAAAAUAAAAAAUUGCGCCACUUAGGCGCCGCGCGCGGCAAUGCAUUGCAACAUUUCGCGCGGCCUGUCAAGGUGAACGCCUGCCUGCGAAAGGUCUGCGGCUGCGGCGAAAUCUCUACCUCUCGCCGUGUCCAAUGUAUCGUUUCGUUCGUUGAGGUAGUUCGUGCGCGCGUUCGUCGCUUCCUGGUGUGUUAGACGCUGCUGACCAUCGAGCAUGGAAGACUACAAAUUUCUCUUCAAAGUUGUGCUUGUGGGGAACGCCGGCGUGGGCAAGACCUGUCUGGUGCGACGAUUCACUCAGGGUUUAUUUCCACCUGGGCAAGGUGCAACAAUUGGAGUUGAUUUUAUGAUUAAGACUGUUGAAGUAGAAAAUGAAAAAGUCAAGUUGCAAAUUUGGGAUACCGCUGGUCAGGAGAGAUUUCGUUCUAUUACUCAAAGUUAUUAUAGAUCAGCUCAUGCAUUGAUAUUAGUUUAUGAUAUUUCUUGUCAACCCACAUUUGACUGUUUGCCAGACUGGUUAAGAGAAAUUGAAGAAUAUGCGAGUAAUAAAGUUCUUAGGAUAUUGGUAGGAAAUAAAAUUGAUCGAGAGGAUAGAGAAAUACCAACACAUGUAGGAGAAGAUUUUGCACAAAGACAUGGAAUGUACUUUUUAGAAACAUCUGCAAAAGAAGCAGAAAAUGUAGAAAGAUUAUUUAUGGAAAUAGCAGCUGAACUCAUGGAACAAGCACGCAGUAAGGAAUUACCUCGAUAUGAGACAAACACAACUUCAAUAAAUGGUAAAACAACAUCGAUCGGUGAUACUAGUAGUUGUGGUUGUAGCCGACUCUCUUAAGUAAUUUUUGUAUGUAACAUUAAGCAUUUUAGUAAGAUAUUUUUAGUUAUAUA